GAAACCCGUAUUGCUUUUCGCUUGUUUUUCGGCGAAGCAGAUCUAAGUUUUGAUAUUCAAGUUAUCGGCGAAUAGGAAUAGGAUUCUCCGUUUUCCAACAUCUGGAAGUUUAGUUGAUAAGUGCAUUUUCAAAAAGCGAACGAGGUUAGACAGCUGAUUAGUCUUAAUUCAGUGGUCUGGCGACUGAUGAAUAUAUUGUAUGCAAGCACAGCUUUUGGUACAGAGUAUCAUUUAGGUUAAGAAAGCCACAUAAAACAUGAACAAGACACCGGUUUCCAUUCUUCAAGAGAUGAUGGUGAAACAAGGGAUGAUUCCUGACUACGAGUUGAUACAUGAUGGUGGAGGUCGUCACUUGAAUACUUUUACGUAUCAAGUUACAUGUGAUGGCCUCAUUGCGAGUGGCACAGGCCGCUGUAAAAAGGAUGCUAAGCAUGAAGCUGCCAAAGCUAUGCUAACGGAAAUUGCCGUACAUAGAAAUUAUCCGCAGCUACCAGCUGCCAGUGCACCGGAAUCUCCCUCAAAAUCACCAUUCCAUACCACUCCAUUGCCACCAAAGAUGCGAGCUGUAAAUGCACCCUUUUUUAACGCUAUAGGCGAAUUACAGGAUCUCUGUGCCGAUAAUAAUUUAGAAGAACCAAUAUAUAUUCCUAUCUCAGAUGUUGGGCCACCACAUGCUAGAAUUUUUACUAUUCGAUGUAAAGUAUCCAGUUUUACGGAAGAUGGAGUGUCAACGACAAAGAAACAAGCAAAACACGAGGCUGCAAGAAAAAUGAUAGACAAAAUACAAGAACUCGUAGAUGGGUUAAAUGACACGUCUGCAAAUGAGAAUGAACUUUUAUCCGUUGAAACUGACCAUACAGAAGCAAAUGAAAAUGCAAAACGGUAUUACCAAUCUAUUAAGCCAAAAAAGAUUAACUUGGGCAUUAAAUUAUCUGAAUAUCAUGUAAAGUGGAAAGAUUCCCUCGAAAUUGAUAAACGAAACGAAAUAUUGAAGGAAUUGGAUUGUAUCAUUGAAAAUUCUAAUAAAUCGGAGCGACAUGUAACUAAUGAAUUGAUAACGGAAAUAUUAUUUAUGUUAGAGACUUUAUUAACAGACUUAAAUAUAACGAUCAAUAUGAGGAAUUUAAAUGCAAAUAAUCAUUAUUUUAUGAAAGCAAUACAACUCGACACAUGUCCUGUUAUUACUCACAUUGGUGCAGGUGCAACAGAACAACUAGCUUCUUGGCAAGCUAUUUUGCUGAUGAUAAAUUCCAUCAAAUUGCUAUUAUCAUAGAAUAUGUGCUAAAAUAAAGUACAGUAGAAUUUGUUACAACACACAGUCAAGUAUAAGAUAAAGUUAAUUUUAUUUUAUAUCUGUUUUGAGUUAUGAGUUUUAUCAUUAAUAAAAGUAUUAACAAACAUUUUUCUUAAUUUUUCGCGCCACUUUAUUUUUGGAAAAAUUUUGCAUUUAGUUUAUUAAUUUAUAGAUUAUAUAUUAUUAAUUGUUAUCUUCAAUUUUGAUAAUAAUACUUACAUCACAUGCACAAAAUCACCAAAAAUAAUAUGCUAGUGUAUUUUGAAACAUUAAGUUUAUUUUGUGUGUAUAAUAUAAAUUUUACUAUUAUGGAGAGAAUAUUAAUUUUUAUAAGAAUUUAUUGUAAAGGAACAGAGAAAAUACUUUCCUGUCAAAUAUAUUUUUUUAUACUAUAGUUAAGAAAUUUAUUUCUUUUUAUGAUUUUGUAAUGCAUAUAAGAAUUGGUGAUUAUUUCAUAAAAUGGACUGAAAUUAAUUUGUAACACAUUAAAAUGUGAUGAAUAAAUGUUAAAAUAUAGUAAUAUAAAAUAUCAAACCUUUUUUAUUGAUCAACA